UUUUUUAUCCCCAUUAUAUUUUUCCUCGUUUUUUAUUACGCGAGACUGCGACUAUUUAGGUUGUAAGGAAGUUUCUCUCUUUUUCCCGCCAUACUUCUUCCGCCGUGACAGCACCGCUUGGCCGCCUCCUCCUUCUGCGACUACAAGACUGCAAGAAAAUAAUGUUCUUUAGUAACUAAGAUACAUGGAUAAAGAGGAAUCCCCACAAAUCCCCAGAAGAACGACUAGGUCUUUAUCUACGCCAUCCACUUCAAAUAUUGUACCUGCGGCAAAAGUAAACAGCAGCCUUGAAUCCCUAACAAUUAACGACCUUUUAGUUGGAGGAGACCCUGUUAGCCUUGAUGAUAUAAUUUCCAGUUUUCCUGGAAGAAGUAGUCAAAUUCAUGAGAUUGUGCGUCUUUUGGGACCGUUGAAUUCGCCAUUACUUCCUUUGUUUGUGUAUGGAGGGGCUUCUACCGGAAAAACCAGUAUCAUUCUUCAAUUAUUCAGACAUCUCAAUAGGCCUCUUGUUUAUUCUAGCUGUAGGACGUGUUAUAACCAGCGUAUCUUGUUUGAGUCUGUUCUGAAUCAGUUACUUCUCCAUAGUAAAAAUGCUGCUAAUUGUUAUGCAAAUGCGAAACGCUGUGAAAGACCGUCUGAUUUUGUCAAUUUUCUUCGCGAAGCAUUGACCGGUGUUAUAAAUAAUCUGAAGGAGAAAUCAGAGAAGAUGAUCUCAAAAAAGAAGGUACAUGAUGGGAAAACGGGAAACAUGAUCUACUUGGUAUUUGACAAUUUUCAUCUUGUUAGAGAUUGGGAUAAAAGCUCGACUAUAUUGCCCUUACUGUUUAAUCUCUAUGAUAUGUUAAAGAUGCUCGAGGUUGGUCUGAUUUUCAUCAGCAGUACUUCACCAGAUACCUUUUACACUAACAUGGGUUAUGUGGAGCCUAUCCCCAUUUACUUUCCUGAUUACACAGAAGGUGAUAUUCGUCAAAUCCUAUUGAGGAACCAAGCAAACCAGAAGUUGUAUUCGUCAUUUCUCGAUGUAGCUCUGAAGCCUUUCUGUAGAAUUACUAGGCAGGUUGGUGAAUUGUCUACUGCAUUAAAGCCACUAUUUGAAAAAUAUUGUGAACCUCUAAGUGACAAGGGAAAAGGAGUUGUCCCUAGUGAAGACAUGAAGAGGAGGCUAUUCAAUCAUAUCAAGCCGCAUAUUGCCUCCUCUCUGAAUGAUGUAUUUAAGGUUUCAUCUGCUCCUUCGAGUGAAGUUGAAACCGGUAAACAGACGAAGCAUCAGGGGAAUCCGAAGAGAUCAGAGAGAUCUGAGGAAAUCGGUGAUCUUGAUUUUCACAUGUCUACUAGUGCAAAGUAUCUUCUUAUUUCAGCAUUUCUUGCCUCUAGAAACCCUGCUACUCUUGAUGCUUCACUUUUUGAUUCCAAAGGUGGUUCUGAUAAUCGAAAGCGAAAGAGGAAGGCCUCUGAGAAAGCGCUGGAAAAGAAAGAGAUGUUGGAAGAGGAACUACUAAUGAAAGGACCUGGAACUUUUCCAUUGGAGAGGUUGAUAGCCAUCUUUCAGUGCAUUGUUUCUGUUGCAGAAGACCCAGCUGAUGAAGAUGAACAAAAGAAUGAAGAACUAGGAGCUCAAUGUGGCAGCGGUUCGCUGAUGUCUGACGUUCUUUUGCAGCUAUCCACUCUCUGCAAUGCUAAUUUUAUUUUUAAGGGAAAAAGCUGCCCAAUCGAAGGCUCGACUCGUUAUCGAUCAACUAUAUCUGAAGACUUGGUCUUAAAGGUUGCAAGGAGCCUUAAGUUCCCAUUGUCAAAGUAUUUAUACAGAAGUUAGUAACCUUCAACAAUGACAGCCUCGCAGAGCUUGGUUCUCAAAUUUUGUUCUGGUAGAUCUACCAAGAGCGGUCUACAACUUUCAAUAUGAUCUACAUUUAUUAACAUGAAAUGGCUGGAAUACAUUAAGAUUGCUUGGAACCAAGCCAGUGGUAUAAUGGAUAAGUAUGACCAUUGCAGUUCAUUAGAUAGAUGGAAAGUGUAUUUUCUAGGAAUUAUUUUAGUGCUCUGUCUUCAAUAUUGCCCCCAAAAGUGUUUGUAAUAUUGUUGAUUGCAAGUAGUAAAGAUGCUGAAAUCAUGUUGCCAGUAGCCGAUAAAAUUUGUAGUAUGACAUAAAUUUUGUGCUCUUGCCCAAAUUUCAUAUGAACACUUUUGAUGUCCUAAAAGGAAUGAAUGCCUUAAGGUUGGAAGGGAGUUUAA